GGAAUGAAUCCAACACCGAACAGACUUAACGUGCUCGAACGGGAAACAAACGUCCAUCCGAGUCGGGGAGAGUGAAGAGAAAAGAAUAAUUCGAAAUAUUGUACCUACUUCAUGAUGCUGAUUAAACAAACGCUGAUGUGUUGCUCGUACGACGAAUGAUUCUACGAUGAACCAAUAUCGACAAGUGAAACGUUUUAAUUGCCACGGAGAGCGUCUUAACCUAUCUUCGUCUGUGUCUAUCUCGAAAAAAUUAUUAGUGUUGCGCACGAAACAUGAUGUCCAAUGGCGUUUGGAACCCAACUAGGCGAAUCGAUGAUGGCUCUAUGGCGAAUAAUGUACAUUACUCGACAUCGUCAGCUUUGGAUUCUCCGCUCAUGAAGUUAUCUUCGUAUUUUCUGGCACUUCGACCAUGGUCACUGAGCGCAUCGCUAAUGCCAACGCUUCUCGGAUCCGCGCUUGCAUAUCGACUGACGGGUCUAGCGAGUUUUAGUUGGAUAUCGCUGAUCGUAAUCAUACUCACAGUAGUUUGUGUACAUGGUGCUGGUAAUGUAGUGAACACUUAUUUUGACUAUGUGAAGGGUGUCGAUAGCCGGAAAAGUGACGAUAGAAUAUUAGUAGAUCAUUUAUUGUCUAAAGAUGAAUUAGUCUCAUUGGGAGCUUUUUUAUAUACGGCAGGCUGCUUGGGAUUUGUCUUACUAGCGGCUAUCUCCCCUGCCAAGAUGGAACAUCUAGCUCUCGUAUACUUUGGAGGUUUAUCCUCUUCUUUUCUCUAUACGGGAGGUAUAGGAUUUAAAUACAUUGCUUUGGGCGAUGUACUAAUUUUAGUCAUAUUUGGUCCAAUCUCGGUUUUAUUCGCGUUCAUGGCGCAAACCGGUUAUGUUGAAUUAGGAACGAUUUAUUACGCUAUACCGCUCGCGUUAAACACUGAGGCUAUUUUACAUAGCAAUAACACAAGGGAUAUGGACAGCGACAGGAAGGCAGGAAUCGUGACACUAGCGAUUUUGAUAGGUCAUACCGCGUCUCAUGUUUUGUAUGCUUUUCUACUGUUUACACCAUAUAUUAUUCUCAUUGUGCUGGCAUUAAGAUAUUCGAUAUUGUUUUUACUGCCAAUAAUCACUCUGCCGACCGCCUUUAAAAUAGAAAAAGAAUUCCGAAAUCCGCAUAAAAUUCAAAACGUGCCUAAACGAACAGCCAGAUUAAACAUGUUUUUAGGUAUUUUGUAUGUUAUCGCUUGCCUGUUUGUGAGCUCGCUUCCUUAUUCGUAAACUAUUUAUAAAGGUUUGAUAUUAAUCCUGGGUUACUUUUCUUAUUUAAUAAUUUAUUAAUAUUUCAGUGAAAUCUCAAAUUUACAGUUUUAUUCGUUUUACAUAGAUAGGAAUUUUAUUUGUUUUACUUAUUCAUUAUAAUCGAUAUAAUUCUCUGUCAUCUUAUAAUACUAAUUCAUACUUGUCUAUAAUUAUUUUCUUCGUUCACACAUGUCCAGGAUUGAUGUUACUAAUGUCAAGUCGGGAUUUGUUAAUGUAAUACAGCUAAUAAAUUUUGUAAUUUUAUUGCAAAAUCUCUCUAAACCCUUGCGAAUAAUGCAAUUAUUUUCAAAUUAUAAUUAGCGCAAGAAAAAAAAACGAUUAUUAUUAAAGAUGUUUUACCUCAAGUACAAACCGAUUUAUAGGAUUUUAAAUAUACGUGUGCGUUUGUCACAAAAAUAGAUUUCUGUGACAUAUUGAAUAUUAUUUUAUAGUAUAUAUUGUUAUAUGAUCUUUUGUGAUAUGUGUGAUAAACAAAAUUUGCAAAUAUUAGAACUUUAAAAACAGGGGGGAAUAUUAUUCGUUUAUAUCUUUUGUCAUUUCUUCAGCAUUAUUUAGAUUUUUAGAUCCUUACGAGUCAACUAAAUUUUUAUCAAUAUUUUUCGAAAUUUAAAUUUUUUUAAAUAAAUUCAUGUAUAAAUUCUGCUUUAAUGUAUAUCGUAUAUCCAAUAAAUAUGCUUAAAUACGCAAAUUUUGCGUAUUUUGUUACAUAGGUGCGUAUGAGGUAUGUAUACUUGUUUUGUUAAAACUUUAAAUAUGUUUGCAUAUUAUUUAUGUUAUAAUUUACAUUUGCGUAAUAUACAUACGUACAUAUACACGGUGAUUCACAUACAGAAGAAAGUCUAUAUUUUAGAAGAUGAUAGUAUUGGUCACACAUAUAUUUACACAUAUUAUGAGAUAAAUAGUUCGUAUGAAUAUGUGUUUUAUUCUCGAUAUCAUAUCUGCGUAUUCAACAUGUGUGAAAAUGUGUGGCAAUGUACUAAUCCUUCAAAUAUCAUUUAUAAGGUAAUCUGUCAAAUAGUAAUUGUUUAUAUUGCGUUUAUAUCGAGGAAGGGUCUUUUAAUACAAAAAUCCAAUUUUUCUAUCCUAUCUUUUUAUAACUUGUAACACAACACAUUAAGUAAACUUCAUCU